ACAAACCUUCAAGUGUAUAUACUCAGUAAAUGUUUGUUAGAUGAUUAAAUAGCGAUGCCUAUUUGAGUGCCUGUACGUGUCAGGCGUUACUGUGGGCGGCAGUAACUUGGCAUAGUUAAGAUGAGGCACGUGUUCCUACAUUUUGUAGUGAUUGUCAGUAAAUAUGCUUUGAAGGGGAGGCAGAUGUUUGGGACAUUGAUGAGUGCUGCAGAAAGUAAAUUUAAAAAGGCAUGAGGUAAUGGGAUAGACACUGGGGGGGGAACAGAAGAAGCUGUUUUGAAAGCUGACUGGGGCAGCUCAUGUUGCCCUACAGUUUAGGCUGUGUCUCAUCAGAGGGCUGCUUCGAGUAAGUACCCACUACGCUGCUUGUGUGUCCUGGGAGGCAGUGGGUGAUGGCUCGGGGCUUGGUUCCCUGCCACCCAGUGGAAGACCAGGGUGGAGUCCCUGGAGAGUGAGCUGGCGGAUGGGAGAGCUUGCUCUCCUUCAUUUUUUUCAAGGAGGUGAGAAAGCUAGACAUUUGUAUAGAAGCCGGUAUCUGGCCAGGGAUGAGUUCUCUUAUGAGGAAGUGACUCCUGAGCUAACACCUCAGUGAAGGAAAAGCCAGGCUUGUGAGAGCGCCUCUUGCCACACUCCUUGCCCCCCGACGUGGUGCAGGUGGGUCAGAGCACCAGCCCCUGCCCCCUGCCGCUGCUGCCUCUGCUCUCCUUGGCUGACUCCUCCCUGCUCUCACAUGACACAGCUUUGAAACUGUUGAUGCAGCUGCUUGCACAACUCUGUUUCAGCAGCGGGUUCCCUUUCCUGUCCCAGGCCUGCUUCUCAGAGUGAGUGUGAGCAUUGGCUUGUCUGCUGCUGUGUGUCCAGCCUGCACUGUUGAACAGGAGCAGCACAGCCUGUCUUUAGUUCACCAUUUAUAAGUCAAAGUCUUCCUUACCCAGAAAGCCCUCCACCCACUAGAAUCCCGGGAGAAGGAGUAGGGAGCUAGCCAAUGGCCAUGCUCUUGCCUGUGAAAACUCCAGUCCGACUGCAGCCCGGGACUGCAGUUGCUUCCUGAGAUGCCUGCCUGCCGUGUCAGUGGGCAAUCAAGAAUGGCGGCAGUUACAGGCAGCCCCGGCCUCUCCAAAUUGCAGUUUGCCCCCUUCAGCAGCGCCUUGGACGUGGGCUUCUGGCACGAGCUGACCCAGAAGAAACUGAAUGAGUAUCGGCUAGAUGAGGCGCCCAAGGACAUCAAGGGGUAUUACUACAAUGGUGAUUCUGCCGGACUGCCAGCUCGCUUAACGUUGGAGCUCAGUGCUUUUGACAUGAGUGCCCCUACCCCUGCUCGCUGCUGCCCAGCCCUGGGAACGCUGUACAACACCAACACGCUCGAGUCGUUCAAGACCGCGGACAAGAAGCUCCUGUUGGAACAAGCAGCAAAUGAGAUUUGGGAAUCCAUUAAAUCGGGGGCUGCCCUAGAAGACCCUGUGCUCCUCAACAAGUUCCUCCUCCUGACGUUUGCAGAUCUGAAGAAGUACCACUUCUACUACUGGUUCUGCUGUCCUGCCCUGUGUCUCCCAGAGAGUAUACCUCUUAUCCAGGGGCCAGUGAGUUUGGAUCAGAGCUUUUCACCAAAACAGAUUGAAGCACUCAAGCAUGCGUACGACGACCUUUGUCAGGCAGAAGGAGUCACGGCCCUCCCUUACUUCCUGAUCAAGUAUGAUGAGAACACAGUGCUGGUCUCUCUGCUUAAACACUACAAUGAUUUCUUCCAAGGCCACAGGACAAAGAUAACAGUCGGUGUCUAUGAUCCCUGUAACUUAGCACAGUACCCUGGAUGGCCCCUGAGGAACCUUUUGGUCCUAGCAGCCCACAGAUGGAGCGGCAGUUUCCAGUCCGUUGAAGUCCUCUGCUUCCGGGACCGCACCAUGCAAGGGCUGAGAGACGUAGCCCACAGCAUCAUCUUUGAAGUGAAGCUUCCAGAAAUGGCAUUUAGCCCAGAUUGUCCCAAAGCAGUCGGAUGGGAGAAGAACCAGAAAGGCGGCAUGGGCCCCAGGAUGGUGAAUGUCAGCGGGUGCAUGGACCCUAAAAGGUUAGCCGAGUCGUCAGUGGACCUCAAUCUCAAGUUGAUGUGCUGGAGGCUGGUCCCUACCCUGGACCUGGACAAGGUCAUGUCUGCGAGGUGUCUGCUGCUGGGAGCCGGGACCCUGGGCUGUAACGUGGCGAGGACCCUGAUGGGCUGGGGUGUCAGGCACAUCACGUUUGUGGACAACGCCAAGAUCUCCUACUCCAAUCCCGUGAGGCAACCUCUGUAUGAAUUUGAAGACUGCCUCAGUGGGGGCAAAUCCAAGGCGCUCGCGGCAGCGGAGCGGCUGCAGAAGAUAUUCCCCGGAGCGAGUGCCAGAGGGUUCAACAUGAGCAUCCCCAUGCCUGGACACCCUGUGAACUUCUCGAGUGUCACCCUGGAGCAGGCCCACAGCGACGUGCAGCAGCUGGAGCAGCUCAUCGAGAGCCAUGAUGUCAUCUUCCUGCUGAUGGACACCCGGGAGAGCCGGUGGCUGCCCACCGUCAUCGCCGCGAGCAAGAGGAAGCUGGUCAUCAACGCUGCCCUGGGCUUCGACACGUUUGUAGUCAUGAGGCAUGGCCUGAAGAGACCAAAGCAGCAGGGGGCUGGGGACGUGUGUCCCGGUCACCUGGGGAUGUCCGCCGACCUCCUGGGCACCUCGCUCUUCGCCAACAUCCCUGGAUAUAAGCUUGGCUGCUACUUCUGCAACGAUGUGGUGGCCCCAGGAGAUUCCACUCGAGACCGGACCUUGGACCAGCAGUGUACCGUGAGCCGCCCGGGACUGGCCAUGCUUGCCGGCGCGUUGGCAGUGGAGCUGAUGGUUUCUGUUCUGCAGCACCCAGAGGGGGGCUACGCCAUCGCCAGCAGCAGCGACGACCGCAUGAACGAGCCUCCAACCGCCCUUGGCCUUGUGCCACACCAGAUUCGGGGAUUCCUGUCCCGGUUUGAUAACGUCCUUCCUGUCAGCCUGGCGUUCGACAAAUGCACAGCCUGCUCUUCCAAAGUUUUGGACCAGUAUGAACGGGAGGGGUUCGACUUCCUCGCAAAGGUGUUUAACUCUUCACAUUCUUUCCUGGAAGACUUGACCGGCCUCACCCUGCUGCACCAGGAGACCCAGGCGGCAGAGAUCUGGGACAUGAGUGACGAGGAGGCCGUGUGAGCGCGAGGCAGCGCCCGACCAGCUCUGCCGCCUGGGACUGCAGCCCCUCCCUCGCUGUGCAUCGUGGUUCGUCAUCUCGCUCGGAAGUCAGUAAUAAUAACCUUGGCUUUGGUAUUGCCACCUUUCUGGGACUUGGUUUCCAGCUGCGCUGUUCUUUCUUGUCCUGAGUUGUCAGUUACUCAGGCUUUCACAGGGUGGCAGUGAGGACAAGCAGCGGGGGCAAGGGCAGCACCCGCGGGCGCUCUCCCAUGCUGCCUCUCACCUUUGGGAGCUUUGGGCACUGGGACGGUGGGGUCCUUGUGAGCGCUCUGCCAGCCUGGCCCCGUGGAGAGUCCAAGGACGAGCGAGCUCGCUGCCCGUGCAGUGCAUCAGUGCCACUGGCUCCACCCAGGGCCUCCCUUGCGUGGGACUCAGAAGUCCUGACUGUACAGCCAGGUGCUGAGGGGUGCUCUGGCACUGGUGCCCACCCUGUCCAAGGCACCCCAUAGGAACCCAAGUCCAGUUCCAGCUCAGGCUGCCAUUCUGAGCAGGAAGGUCCACGGGGAGACGCCGACCGCCGCUCACUCGGUAUGGUUUAAGAGCACUUUAUUAUUGUUCUUAAGGCUACUUUGAAG